UCUCAGACAAAAAUUGAGAAAAUACAGGAAAUGCUGAAUAAGCUAUAUGCCAGCUGUGAUAACGGUCUCGAACCUACGUUCAUGAGAAGGAGAGAUCUGAAGAAAUAAGUAUGGAAAUAGUGCCAAUGUGUCUAUAAACCGGCCUAAACAAAGCUUAUUGCUGCCUGUGCAGGACAAACCUUGUCUUAACUUCAGUAAAGCUACUUACAAAGCAGACAAAAUGAUGGAGGAGGCUAAACCGCUUGAAUUACUUGUUUACAACUUUUUAGAACCAUAUAAUAAUCCGAAACAAACAUCAACUCAGAAGAAUUCUGCAACAGAUUUGUUACAGAAGGGAAACUUCAGGCUCAAGAAGGCAGCUGUCAGGCGCAAAACCAACAAAAAGAAGGAUAACUGGAUUUGGAGUAACCAAUGAGACAAGAAUAAGCUCCCGGAUAACCUUAUGGGUGGGCUUAAUCUUCGACUGAAGGAGAACCUUAAAAAUUGAUUCUCACUCAUAAAUGAUAAAACAGAAUCUCCUAAGUAAUGUUCUGAAGCUACUCAAGAACAAGCAUUCUCUUGCUGGCAGCAAUAUGAGAAGAAGGGUCACCAGAGGUGCCCCUUUACUCUCUUCCUCGAUGCAGGGAAUUCCUGGCCCAAGAGCAUCAGCGAUGACCCCAGCAAACCCAAAAAUCAUCGAGCUUCAUGGAAAGUCUGGAGUUUCUAAAUAAACAGCAUAAGAGGUCUAAAAUGUCGAUUAUGCUGCUAAAUUCUUCAAAGAGAAAAUCAACCAAGCAGCAUCUUCGUAGCAGAGUCAAGGAACGCCAUCAUGUGAGUUACGGAGGCAAUGAAAAGUUCUCCUCUUCUGUGAAGACUAACGAGAUGACUGAUACUCGGUCUCAGAUUAGGAGAAAAAGGAUGAACAAGCUCUUGACAGAUCAUGGGUAUAGUAGGACUCCCCAGACUAAGACACCAGAAGUUGACCAACACAUCACACCCAUUCAGAAAUUGAAGCGAUGCAUUAGGAAGAUCACAUUGGCAAACCGAUUCUUGGAUUCGACCUAUGGGUCUGUCAAAGUCAAGGUAGAGCACGAUCAUUAUAAGACUAAAUACUUGCAUAUCCUGGAAGUAAUGUUCAAGACAGCUAGAGAAUGCUACAAAUGCAGGUUCAAGACAGGCUUCCUCUUGAUUUACGUGGAGAUCUUACAGAUGACAAUGAGGGUUCCUGACCUCCAAAGUGCAGUACAUGCUUUCUUAUCUCUCAGCCUUGUAAGUUUUUACUUCAAGGACAACAUCAAUGCAACUUUCGCUCUCCAGCGCUUGAUAGGUCUCUCAGAGCAGAAGAAAGACUUCCUCACAACUGUGAAGGCUUAUGAGAUUCUAGCUUGGAUUUUUGAAGAUAAGAAAGAAUUUAAGAAUACAGUUAAGUGAUAUAAAAAUAUGCUCAAAUAUGCAUGGAUUUUGGAAAAUCCCAGCAUUGAGCAGGAAGCUUAUGAUAAACUCUCAGUUCAGUACUUUCACCUUGGUAAGAUCAAGAAGAGCCAGGAGUACCAUAACAGGUAUCUAAAAGGGUAUAUUGAGCCCAAGGAAUCAGGUAUUCACUCCUUAACCUUGCUUAAACAUCAGCAUAAGAUGAGAGAUAUGGAGAAGAUAAAGCCAAGGGAGACAGACUACAAGCAUGCUGUCUCUUACUCGAAAGGCUUUCUGGCUAAAAUUAAAGAUUGUCUUAGUCAGGAGGAGAAGAGCAAUCUUGUACUUUCAUGAUUCAAUUAUGAGGAAGGGUUCAAAGUAAGGAUUCCAACUCCUGUAUCAAGAAUGCAACUCAAAGAUCUCCCAUCACCAUCUACUAGGGCUGAGGAUCCUAAAACCAAAGAAAUUCGGAAAAGUUUAAUGAAGCAUGAAUUAUUCAGGAACAAAAAAGCAUCCCUUAGUGGAGUUGGCCCGAUGAUAGAUGAUGACUAUCUGAGGAAGAACAGAAAACAGAGAGAGGAGAUUUCAAAGAAGGUGCAGCUGUUGACCUCCAGCACUUCUCCAACAAGGAUGACGCCUACUGGGUCUCCAUCGCCACGCAAGUGUAUGUCUAAACAGCUUUAGAGAAAGGAAAAACUAUCUUUAUCAAUGGAAGGGAGAUAAUUCUGCGUAAUAGCAUCAAUUCUGGAGAAUCUACUUCAUUAUGCCAGAUCUUCAAUCAGCUCAACAGCCAGAAGCAGAAAUGCAAAGACCAAGAGCGGGAGCAGAACCUUCUAAAGGAGAUUGAGGCCUCCUUAUCUGCCUUCCAAGCCUGGAUUACUCAUGAGAAAGGUUAUGUUUUCCUUAAAGUUGAGAAGAUCUUUAAAGGAGGACGCCUGGUUAAAACCAAGAGGAAUUAUAUUAACAAAGAAGAGUAUAAGAAAAGGAAUGUUCACAGAUAUAAUUUGAUCUUGAACGUUUUCAUUAAGAAGCAAAUUGCGGUGU